AGCAAAACCAAUAACGAACUGGCCACGGCAAUUUCAAUUACAGCUCCAAUUGAUGACGCUACCUCCAUACUGACCCCAGGAGCCGUCCAUUUUUCCCUAUUCCUGUUUUGAAGGAGCAACCUUCCUUUCCCCGGGCUCCCACUUCCAUACAUUCCUCACCCAUGCAUCGAUAGCCAUAUUCCCGCAACAAUGUCACAGACCGUCGGACGGACCCGCCUCGCCUACUCGCGAACAUGGCAUUAUAUAGACGUCAGCCGCGACCCGCGCAGCCUGGGCCGACUCGCGUCCUCCAUCGCCGUAUUCCUGAUGGGCAAGCACAAGCCGAUCUGGGACCCGUCGACGGACUGCGGCGACUACGUCGUGGCCGUCGGCUGCCAUGACCUGCAUACGACGGGCAAGAAGCGAUUCAAGAAGCUGUACUACACACACAACACGCGGCCCGGCAGCCUGAAGUCGAUGACGAUGGACAAGAUGUUUGAGAAGUGGGGUGGAGGCGAGGUGCUGCGGAAGGCGGUCAGCGGUAUGUUGCCGAAGAAUCGGCUGAGGGACAAGAGAUUGGCGAGGCUGAAAGUGUUUGAAGGUCAUGCGCAUCCGUACAAGAAGAAUAUCCUGAAAUUGGCCGGCAAGAGUGUCCUGGGCCCCACGAACUCCAUCGCGGAUUCACCGCUAAUUAAAGAAGCGUUUGCGAAGGAGAAAGGAGCGGAGACUGGGUCUAAGCAAACAACAUCCUGAUUACAUUGAAAUAAAAACUUUGCUU